ACACUUCCAGCCAUUCCGUAGAGGAAGUUCUGAGACUAUGAUUUCUGCUUUUGCUAGUCCGGGAACAUGGCAGAGGAAGAGGGAGAAUCCAGUCUUGAAAGUUUCUCAUUUAACAUGGAAGAUGAGUUCUUGGGAGAAAAAAGCUUCCAACACUAUUGUGCGGAAUUCAUCAGACAUUCACAACAGAUAGGCGAUGGUUGGGAAUGGAGAACAGCCAAGGAAUGUUCUGAUGGCUACAUGUGCAAAACACAGUUUCAAAUAAAAAAUGGGACUACGACAUCACAUCUGGGAACACCUGCCAGUGUACAAAUGUGUCUUCCAACAGAGAUAGGGUCUCUCACUGAACCUGGAGCUCACCAGUUCAUCAAGCCUAGCUGGCCAGUGACAUCCAUGGAGAAUUUAGAGCUCCCGGUGGAUGAUUCUGAAGUGACGGAGUCCGCAGCAGCGUCCGAAGCGAUUAAAUACGAGUAUCAUGUCUUAUAUUCCUGCAGCUACCAAGUGCCCGUUCUUUACUUUAGGGCAAGCUUUUUAGAUGGGAGACCUUUAGCCCUGAAAGAUAUAUGGGAAGGAGUCCACGAAUGCUAUAAGACGCGACUGCUGCAGGGACCGUGGGACACCAUUACCCAGCAGGAGCAUCCAGUACUUGGGCAGCCAUUCUUUGUUCUACAUCCCUGCAAGACAAAUGAAUUCAUGACUGCAGUGCUGAGAAGUUCACAGAAGAUCAAUAGAAAUGUCAACUACAUCACAUCAUGGCUGAGCAUUGUGGGGCCAGUUGUUGGUCUGAAUCUACCUCUGAGCUAUGCUAAAGCAACAUUGCAGGAUGAGUGAUUUGUUGACGAGCAAGUUCCCCAAGAAACUGCGGCAUGGAGAACACCAAGAGUAUACCUGAGAGGCCUCGGUGGUUAUGGAAAUGGGACUGCGGUACCUCCUGUCACCACGAUUUGAUGCAGAUUUCUUUCCUUGAGAAGAAAACAUCUGCAGACCUGUUUAGAACAGUGUUUGUGUGGAAGGACAAAUCACAGAUUCAGAUCACUGUAAAGAGAAAAAAGGAUCUAAAUCAGUGACGUAGUUCAGACAUCAUCAGGGCUCACACAGGUUGUUUUCCUCUAGACACGGUUCUUCUUCUGUUGUGGAGAUUGAUGGAGAAAUGUGUUUAUGUGUUCAGUUUUAUAUAAGAUGUAUGAAAAUUAAAAUGUAGAACUUACUUGUUUCAGAAAAUUAAUGUCAUAAAAAUGAUUUAUCUUUGGAACUAGAAAAUGUCAUCCUGAAUGAGGUAACCUAAACCCAGAAGGACAAACAUGGUAUGUACUCACUUAUAAGUGGAUACUAGAUAUAAAGCAAAGAAUAAUCAGACUGCAACCCAUAGAACCAGGGAGGCUACACAGCAGGGGGGACCCUAGGAUGACUGUGGCUUAUAAUAAGCUUUGUUUUUACUCAAUUACUGGGCAAGCCUCAAUGAAACAUUUCACUAUUAGGAUAAGAAUUUAUAUUGUAUCAAGCUGAUAAUAGAAAAAUAAGUAAAUAAAUAAAUGAAUGAAUGAAUGAAUGAAUAAAAUGGGGAAAAAUAAAUAAAAAAAAUUACUCAAAUUAUUCUCCCACAGUCAAAUUCAGAAGCAAUGGAUUAUUUCUCUGUCACUCCCUCAAACUGUGUCUGUGUGUGUACAUUAAAAAAAGAUACAAAAUAAAGAAUGUUCAAGCCA